AUGCCUAAUCGCUCCUUCCUAUGCCGACUAAUCUUCUGCGCCGUAUUCGCCGUAUCCGUCCUUAAUAUCUUCACCAAGGCCACCCCGCCGCUCUUCCACGCCGCAAAGACCUCCGCGCAUGACCACCCCCAGGAACUCUUUUGCCCGCAGUCCAAGCUCGCCGAUGACGUCUUGGUCGUCCUGCGAACCGGGGCCACUGAAUCACUCGAAAAGGUGCCGGUGCACCUCCGUACCACGUUACGUUGCGUCCCCCACUAUGUUAUACACUCGGACCUGGAAGAGGAGAUAGACGGACACGUCGUCCACGAUGUCCUCGAAGGAGUUAGCGAAGAGACGAAGAAGACGAAUGACGACUUCAAGCUGUACCACCAACUACAAGAGCACGGAAGACGAGGCGUGAAACAAGAAGUUCUCACAUCGCUAUCCGGAUCGUCGCAGGGUGACUACCUGCGAACCGACAACGAUGGCUGGCAGCUCGACAAGUGGAAGUUUCUCCCCAUGAUCGACCAGGCACUCGAGGAGAAGCCAGACGCCAAAUGGUAUUUCUUCAUGGAAGCCGACACCUACGUCAACUGGAACAACCUACUCGAAUUCCUCAGCAACUUCGAUGACAGCAAGUCCUACUACAUCGGCAAGCACCUCUUCAUCAACGAAGUCGAAUUCGCCUACGGUGGCGCAGGCUUCGCCCUCUCUGCCCCCGCCGCACGUAAAGUCUCCGCCCAACGCUCCCCCCGCAUCUCCGAGUACGAAGACUUUACCAAAACCCACUGGGUCGGCGACUGCGCUCUUGGCAAAGUCCUCGAAGACGUAAACAUCCCCCUCCACCGCGCCUUCCCCCACUUCCAAGGCGACUCCCCCGCGACGCUCGAUCCCGCGACUUCCAAAAUCGACCGCGACCUCUGGUGCUACCCGGCUGUAACGUAUCACCACGUUUCGCCCACCGAAAUCCAAGAACUCUGGUCUUUCGAACAGGACUGGUACAACAGACACCCGAUUCUGCUGCGCCACCGCGACAUCUUCAUGGAGCUCGUGCGCCCUAAGAUCGGUCCUUCAGUCACAGCCUGGGACAACAUGUCCGCAGACAAAGAAUACAACGCCCACGACCACUCCGCCGUGGCCAACGAACUCGAGCGCAACGCCUGGAAAUCUUUCGAACACUGCCGUACGCUGUGUGAGGAGCAGGAUGAUUGCAUGCAAUUCUCUUUCAACGAGGGCAGUUGCGCAAUUUCCAAUAGCUUCAAACUAGGCUACGCGAAGCCCGGUGCGCGUAUACGGAGUGGCUGGAUGCUUGAUCGCGUGGACGAUCUCUUCAGGAGUCUGGAAGAGCAGUGUGGACUCCGGGAUUGGUUUGCACCAAUGGAGAGUCCGAAGGAAAGGGAGAAUAGUGAGUUGAAGAUUAAGAUGAGGAGGAAGAGGAGUGUGAUGUGA